UGGAAUUAUUUUAACAUGUUGUUUUGGUCGCCCUCUAGAGACGAUCAUCGUUUAUUCAGGUUACAUUAUAUGUCACAGGAUACACCAUAAGCAAGUACUGUACUGUAGCCUAAAGCAGUGUGGCAAUGGGGAGCCUAGGCAGGCUGUCAUGGAAGAGAGCAACUUGUCUUCACCAGUGUUCAAUUCCAGUUGAAGCUAGUGUCUGGAAAGGAUCAAUCUAUCUAGGAAGACACAGCUCAAGAACCAGAGGCUGGUUAUAUAAUCACACAAGAACAUUAUUUACUUAUCUUGUAAAUGGAGAAAAUAUUUUGCUGAAUUCAAAAAAAUCUGCAGAGACCCCAUUGCUAAAGCAGUUGCAAGCUCGCAUCAAGUUUUCUGGACCUCUGACUGUCAAGGAUUACAUGAAAGUAUUGAUUAACCCAGUCUCUGGAUAUUAUGCAGCUGGUCAAGACAUGUUUGGAAGCCAUGGUGACUACAUUACUUCACCAGAGAUCUGUCAGUUGUUUGGGGAAUUGGGUAUAUGGGUGUUCAGUGAGUGGUACAAGUUGGGGUCUCCCAAGCCACUACAGUUAGUAGAGCUGGGGCCUGGACGUGGAACUCUCAUGCAAGAUGUUCUAAGAGUCUUGAAUCAGUUUGGAGUGUCAGGGGGUGACCUAAUUGUGCAGUUUGUGGAAGUAUCAGAGGAACUGAGUCAGAAACAGGAAGAAGGAUUGUGUGGCAUUGUUCAACCAAGUAGAGAUACAGCUGAAGAAGAUUUGUAUUUUAAGAAGAGUAAAACAAUUAGUGGAUCACGAGUGUUUUGGCAUAGACACCUCAGCACUGUUCCAAAGACCUUCUCUAUGUUUCUCGCUCAUGAGUUCUUUGAUGUGCUGCCUAUUCACAAAAUUCGGAGAACAAAAGAAGGUUGGCGGGAAGUUCUCAUUGACAUAGAUGAGGAUGAUGGGCCACAUCAUCUGCGUUAUGUUUUAUCCAGGACUCCCACACCAGCCACAAAAAUCUAUAUUCAGCCUGAAGAUACACGUGAUGAAAUUGAAGUGUGUCCUGAUGCUGCAGUAUAUUGUGGAGAACUGGCAAACAGGAUAGAAGAAGAUGGAGGCAUUGCUCUCAUCAUGGAUUAUGGACAUGACAACAAAACUACAAGUACCUUUAGGGCUUUCAAAAACCACGCACUGCAUGACCCAUUGUGUGAGCCAGGCGCUGCCGAUCUGACAACUGAUGUGGACUUUUCUUACUUAAAGGAGCAGGAGGAGAGACUUGUGACCUAUGGCCCUGUAACACAGUCCUCGUUCUUAACAAAUAUGGGGAUUGAGUUGAGACUUAAUAACCUUUUGAAACAGUGUAAACAGGAGGAGAGAAAAUUUUUGAUAUCUGGGUACAAGAUGUUGGUAGAGAAGGAACAGAUGGGAGAAAGGUUCAAGUUUCUGGCAUUCUUCCCAGCUGUUGUCAAGGAUUUCCUCAUCAAAUAUCCUCCUGCUGGUUUUUAUAUGAAUAAUGAAUGAUGUUAAUAUUCUCAACUUUGAAGUAGAAAAUUUGUAUAAUGUAAAUAAAGUGGAUUUUGUAC